AUGAACCAUCUUCUCCGAAAUAAUCUUCUCUUUUUCACUUCCUCACGUUCAUCAUCGCAAUCUCGCACGCUUCUCGUUCGGUUUCAACUAUGCGAGUUCUCAUCUUCUCAUACUCCCUAUUCCCACUGGAAGCGUCACGACGAUGAAUCCCGCAAUGUUAGGGUUUCGGUGUGGUGGGAUUUCGAGAACUGCAACGUGCCUGCUGGUGUUAACGUUUCCAAAGUAGCACCUGCUAUCACUGGCGCUGUUAGAGCUAAUGGAAUUAAAGGUCCCGUUCAUAUUACCGCUUUCGGCGAUGUUUAUCAGAUUUCAAGGCCUAAUCAGGAAGCACUUGCUUUCACUGGGAUUCAUCUUACUCACAUUCCAAACGGUUCGUUUCAGUUCCUCUCUUAUUUGGAAUAA